AUGAAAUUUAUCUUAAAAUAUGUGGCCCUGGUAUUUUGUUUUACAUUUAUCGAUGGAGUAAAGUUCAGAUGCGAUUAUAAGUAUACUUACUUAGGAUGGUUAAAGUAUCACGAAAUACCCGCAACUUGGUACGACGCCCGCUUGCAGUGCAAAUUCGAAGGUGGAAUAUUAGCUUCACCUACAAUACCAGGACUGAAAACUUUAAUGUUGGACUUAUUUUGCAAACCUGAAAUCUUCACUGGAAUUCACGCCACUUUUUCUAAAGAACAAUACUAUUCAGUGGAUGGUAUACCUCUGGCACAAAUUCCGCAUGAAUGGGAGUCAAACGAACCUGAUAACAAAAAUGACUCUGAAAGGGAGAAUUCGCAAGCUGAUGUCAAUGUUUGUGGUACUCUAGACUCAGAAUACCACUUUGAGAGCUCGACAAAUAAAUGUUACAAAUUUCACACCACACCGAGAACGUUUGCACGAGCUAACUUCGUCUGUUCUGCUGAGGGAGGUCAUCUUGCUAUUAUCAACAGUGAUGAAGAGUCGAGGGUCAUAGCACAAGUAUUCGCGAAAUACCCCGCAUCAAAAAUGAUUGGCAAUUUCCAAAAAGAUUUCGCUUUCAUCGGUUUUCACAAUUGGGGAGAGAGCGCAGAUUGGACUACUAUCCACGGUCAAUCAAUCCAAGAAGCAGGAUUCGCUAAGUUCACUUCAGGGCAACCUGAUAACGCCACUACAGGAGAAUAUUGUGGAUCAGUGUUACGUAAUGGCUUAUUAAAUGACUUAGGCUGCGAAAAUCACUUUGCAUUUAUUUGUGAAAAAAGUCCUGACUAUCCACUACUUUGUGACAAUAUUAAAGUAAAAGAUGAGUCUAAUCAUAACCACGAUUGUACUAGUAAUGCUCAAGAAAAACAAAUCGAAUCUGUAUCUAAUAAAAAUAAAACCAAUCCAAAACAUAUCGUGCCUGCGAGUUAG